AUGGUGCCUGUUGUGAUGACUGGGCCGAGUAGGGAAGAACAACCGCGCUUGACGAUAACCGGUCAGCAAAGACAAACAAUACUCAACGCGUUCGAGGAAGGCCAUUAUGUGAUGGGAAUCACGAUACUUGGAGGCCUCUGUAACUCGAAUGGCUAUCAACCGGACUACCCACUUAUCCGGCAAUUGCUAUAUUUAUCUCUUUAUCCCCAUGAGCCUAUCAAGGACAGCAUGGACGGAAGUGACUUGCAACGGGCGACAUUCCCCACCUUGGCUGCGACUGAAGCAGCAAACCUCCUUCUCGGUACUCUCGCUGAUAGAUUGUCCCCGUCCCACUUGCUUCCCGCUCUUCCCUCUUACCCGGCCAUCGGCGAACUUCCCUCCGCAAGUCCUCCUCGCAUCAACCACGACACGAGCAUAUCAAAAGUCGUCAUCAUGGCUGAGCGUUUGGCGCACUGUCGGGCAUGCUGGGAUGUUUUGAAGCAAGAUUUCGUAUCUCCCCUUCGCACCGAACGACGAACACUCCCCGGAAGUCCCACGAAGCGUAGCGACAUGGGUUCGCGAUCAGGCUCAACGACUUCUCCACAUAUCGUGGGCUCGAGAUCUUGGUUUACAUUACACUGGCUAUUGCAGCUUUUUGAGAAAGACGAACAGGAGGCCGAACGGACGACAGGCGUGCGCUACUCUCCCCUACUUCUCACGCAGAUUCCCAAUAGAUUGAGCGAACAAAAGAAGAAGUGGGACGCUACUGUUCCUCUCGACAUAGCUUUCUUUUGCGCUGAGCGCGGAGAACGUCAAGACGAGGCGCAGCGGCUAUUCUCCUUGCUCUGCAAUCUGACUUGUUCGGCUGAAUUCGAUGGGCCCAUGUUCGUCAACUCAUUGGCCACACGCUUCUAUCCUGGCUAUGACUACGCGGAGACCGUGAUCUCAAUUCUGCCUGAAACUACUCGAUUCGCGGUGUGUUGUGCUCUAUUGGCCCUACCAACGCGUGGAGAAGCCCGCGGAAGAGCAAGGAAGCAGCCCAUUGCCAGGCGGAAGAAGGCGAACAGCAUUGGCAACGAAGGCGCGCCGCCAGAUUCCCCCACUAUGUCCGUGGUCAACUCGAACCCGGCAAUACUCCGUCCACCUUCCGAAAUCGUGGACUUACUGAAGUCGACCUGGGGUGACGAGGCAGACGCUCUGGUCGUCAAGUUUCACCUCUUACACAGUUAUCUCGAUCUACGGCAUCCCGUGCCAGUCGGAGAAAAUGACGUGGACUGGGAGAACAUGUUACGCACAGGCGCCAUGGAUCAGAUCGUCGAGGCGACUUUCGCGUCUAGGCAGGAUUUAAUGGAUUAUCUACUUGCGAAGCUAGCAACGUGCUCAUGA